AAAGAUAACCAACAAGGUUCCGGAAACUGGCGGGUUUCAAGACCUUAUCACAGGGCUUCCGGUGAUCUGGAGCUCUGGGAGCGUCGGGAGCCUAACUGGUUCGGAUUUUGGCGGCUGAUUGUAGUUUCCAAAUAACAGUGAAACAGACGACCGAGGAAAGGUGCCUCGGCAGAGUUGCGCAGGAGAGGACCUAAAACCUUUUCAAAGAAGAAUGGAGGAAAAUAUGAUGCUCACUACAGUGGAAGACACUGUGGAGUACCACCUGUUCCUGAUACCAGAUGAAUCAAAGGACCCAGGAAAACACAGAGAAAUUCUUGAGAAGUAUAUUGAGAGAAUAAUGACCCAGUUUGCACCUAUGCUGGCUCCCUACAUCUGGCAGAAUCAGCCUUUUAAUCUCAGAUAUAAACCUGGCAAAGGAGGUGUUCCUGCUCAUAUGUAUGGCAUGACAAAGUUUGGGGACAAUAUUGAGGAUGAAUGGUUUAUUGUUUAUUUAAUAAAAGAGAUUACAAAGGAAUUUCCAGAGUUAGUAGCCAGGAUUGAAGACAAUGAUGGUGAAUUCUUGUUAAUAGAAGCUGCCGACUUUCUUCCUAAAUGGUUAGAUCCUGAUAAUAGUGCCAAUAGGGUGUUUUUCCACCAUGGGGAGUUGUGCAUUAUUCCUGUACCAAGGAAAUCUGAGACAGUAUCCUGGUUACCCACCACCCCCCCAACAAUCCCACAAGCAUUGAAUAUAAUUUCAACACACCCAGAAAAAGUUUUGGCUUCAGAAUCCAUACGAGCUGCUGUUAAUAGGCGCAUCAGGGGGUACCCAGAAAAAAUUCAGGCCUCCUUGCACCGAGCACACUGCUUCCUCCCAGCUGGCAUUGCAGUGGUACUAAAGCAGAGGCCCAGAUUGGUGGCUGCUGCUGUCCAGGCUUUUUACCUGCGGGACCCCAUUGACCUGCGAGCCUGUCGUGUCUUCAAGACAUUCUUGCCGGAAACACAAAUAAUGACAUCAGUUACUUUCACUAAAUGUCUCUACGCACAAUUGAUACAACAGAGGUUUGUGCCAGACCGGCGGAGUGGAUACAGGCUGCCACCUCCAUCUCAUCCCCAGUACCGAGCCCAUGAAUUGGGCAUGAAGUUGGCUCAUGGAUUUGAGAUCUUAUGCUCCAAAUGUAGCCCACAUUUUUCAAACUCCAAGAAGUCCCUUGUGACUACCUCACCACUCUGGGCUAGCUUCCUUGAAAGUCUGAAAAAGAAUGAUUACUUUAAGGGACUAAUAGAAGGUUCUGCUCAAUACCGUGAAAGACUAGAAAUGGCAAAGAACUACUUCCAACUCUCAGUAGACCGGCCAGAAAGUUCACUUGCUAUGAGCCCAGGUGAAGAAAUCUUGACCAUGUUACAGACAGUGACAUUUGAUAUAGAAGAGCUUAAAAAAGAAGACGCUAACCUUCCCCCAGAGGAUGAUGACCAGUGGUUAGAGCUUUCACCAGAUCAGCUGGAUCAGCUACUGCAGAAAGCUGCUGGCACAAAAGAAUCACAACCCAUUUCCAAGAAGGAGGAAGAGCAGAACUAUGAAUUAACUCAAGUCACAGAUAGCAUGAAAGCUUUCAUAUCCAAAGUUUCAACCCAUAAGGGAGCAGAGCUGCCUCGAGAACCCUCUGAGGCUCCAAUCACUUUUGAUGCAGAUUCCUUUUUAAAUUAUUUUGAUAAAAUUUUAGGGCCAAAGGCUCAGGAGUCAGACUCUGAUGAUCUGGAUGAGGAAGACUUUGAAUAUUUAGACAGUGAUGAUGACUUGGACCUCAAGAUGCAGGAACCUGGUGAAGAAGCUUCUCUGAAAGGAACUCUUGAUGACCUCAAAUCAUACAUGGCCCAAAUGGACCAAGAACUGGCACACACCAGCAUGGGCAAAAGUUUUACCACUAAGAAGCAAAUGGACCCUUCAUCCAAGACCACUAGUAACAAUUCAGAUGAGGAAGAUUCUGGUGCCGGAGAUUCUGUUAUGGCCCCAGUGGAUGUAGACCUGAACCUGGUUUCAAAUAUACUGGAAUCCUACAGCUCCCAAGCUGGGCUGGCAGGGCCUGUCUCAAACCUUUUACAGAGCAUGGGUGUGCAACUGCCUGACAACAGCGAUCACAGAGCCACAAGUAAGCCAGUGAAAGCAAAACGAUGCCCUUAGAAUAUUUUGCUUACGAAAGUAAAAACAAUGGAAGUACAGUUGUCACUCAGGAUCCACGGGAUUCAUUCCAGGACCUGCCUACAUCAAAACCCACAGGUUCUCAAGUCCCUUAUAUAAAAUGGCAUAGUAUUUAUAUAUAAUCUAUGCACAUCCUCCUCUGUAUUCAUCUCUGGAUUACUUAUAUUAAUGCAAUGUGUGUGCUAUGUAAAUAAGUGUUAUACUGUAUUACUUAGAGAAUAAUUACAGGAAAAUACAUGUGCUGUAUUUUGCCAAAUAUUUUCAAUCCACAGUUGAAUCCACGAAUGCAGAGCCCAUGGAUACAGAAAGCCACACUGGCCCCUGUUCCACAACCAAGGGAGGAAUUAGAACGGUGUGGUAGAGUUCCUCUUUGGGGGUCUCCUAUCACAAACUAAUACCAUACCCCGCCCAGUCCUUCCUCUUCUUAUUUUCACAGUGAUGUUGACUAAAAUGAGUUGAGAAACAGGAAGAGUAUUGGACAUUGAUUUAAGAAAGCAUUGGAUGUAAAUGUUUCUUUUUACUGCAUAAGGCAACACUUUGAUAGGGGCCGGGGAUUUAGCUCAGUGGUUCUGCUGCCUGCCCCGCAAGCGCAAGGACCCAAGUUCGGUCCCCGGUACCAAAAAAAAAAGAAAAGAAAAAAAAAAAGGCAACACUUUGACAUUU